GGUUGACUGAAGCUCUCUGUAUCUCGCGUUGUAGUUGAUAUACUAGAACGGUCAACCAUUUUCUCGGGGGUCAAGCGAACCCUGUGGGUUCAAUAAAUGUUCAGAAUAUUUUGUAAUUUUUUUUACGUAAAAUUAGAUUUUCCUAUAGUAUUGUCGGCACUAAAUUAUUGUUACAUAGCUCAAGCAAAUGAAAAUUCAUUUUGAGUUUGUGAGUGAGUACAUAAUAUAUAGCUCAUAAAACAAAGUAAACUAAGCCUAGUAUAAUGUCAGCCAAAAUAGCUGUGUUGAUUUUAUAGAGAGCUUUGAAUAAAAAAAAAUUCUUGACAUUUUUGUCACCACUAAACUAAAAUCCCUUGAGCGGGUCCCUGGUAGACGACGCCAUGUGCCUAAAGUGGGUUCUGUGAGAUUCACCCAGUUUGCAACUAUGAAGAUAAAUGUGUACAAGUGCGGCUUGGGGCUGAAAAAUGGCCAAUCCAGCACACAAUUAAGUGUGGCCAGCUUCAAAUAGAAGUGGAAUUCUGUUUUAAGUGAACUUUUAACAUGUGGUGGAGAUACAAUGAUCGAAAAGAAAAACAGCUAAGAGGAGUAAAACUAAGGGGGUGUUUUUGGUAGUGAAAAAUUUGUGGAUUUUUAUUUGUGGGCGAAAAGUUGUUAUGUGUUUCCGGUAGUGAAUAAGUUGUUGAAAAAUGUCAAGUUGUUUCCAGUAGUGAAUAAGUGCAAAAACAAUUUUUGUUGACAACUUUUUUGUUAGGGGAAACAAGAUGUAAAAUGCUGAAUUUUUUUGGUUAGUGGAAACGAGAUGGUAAAAUGCGUUAAGUUUUUAGUGUUUUUUUGUUAGUGGAAACGGGGCCUAAAGCAACUCAAUGUAAAGUAAUAUAAGCUAGCCUGAAAAUCGCGACAAGAGUAUUUGCACUUUCCUAUGGAAAACAACCUGAAAGUAAACAAGGAUACCAGUGAACCUACAUCUUUGGACCAUCUUCGUCAGUGGAGCCAAUGGCAGUUGCUUGAUUCCGUUCUCCCGACAGGUGGCUUUGCUCAUUCUUUUGGUCUCGAGGCAGCAGUUCAAGCUUGUCUAGUGUCUAACGUUGAAGAUCUUCGGAUUUUCGUUAUCCAUGUGUUGGAAAAUACAGGGAGCCUACUUCUUCCUUUCAUUUAUUCUGCAACCAUCUCCCCCAACAUGCAAACGUGGCAUAAACUCGACAGAAUGUUGGAUGCGACGUUAACAAAUGAAGUAGGUCGUAAGGCAUCAAUUGCACAAGGAUCGGCACUUAUGAGAUUGGCUGCAUCUGUAUUUUCAGAUGUCCCUUCUCUAAAGACAAUGAGAGAUGCAUCCUUGGCUAGUGGCGGAAUUGCUUUCCAUCAUGCUCCUAUUUUUGGGCUCAUAUGUGGGCUUCUUGGGUUUGGCUUCGAAACAUCUCAGAGGGCAUACAUGUUUAUAACAAUGAGGGAUAUAAUCUCUGCUGCAACUAGGCUAAAUUUGGUAGGCCCCAUGGGCGCAGCCUCAUUGCAGCAUCAGAUAGCUGUUGUUGCUGAAGGUUUGUCAACCAAGUGGAUGAACCGUGAGGCUGAAGACGCCUGUCAAACGGCUCCUCUACUCGAUACAGUGCAGGGUUGCCAUGGCUAUUUGUUUUCUAGGUUGUUCUGUUCCUGAUAGUGAAAUAAGGGUGUAAGCAAUUUCCAUCAUUUGCAUUGAUUCCAGAGCCUUUAUAGACAAUGGGCAUGUGGGUCAACUGAGGAUCAUAUUUAAGCAGUCAUCUACGCGUUGGUUCCAUUGGUCGACAACUGAGAACGACAAGUAUUUUCCGUCAUCGGUCUGGAUCCCCACCCCCGCAGAAGUUUCGCAGUUCACUUUCCUCUUUCAGCUGUCUGAACUAAAGCCAGUCAACUUGACAAAUAACAUACUGAGCAGUUACAGCAAUAGGAGAUUAUUUGACAGUGAUCUUUACUCUUUGGCAUCUAAAGAUACCAGAUAGGUUCCGUUUUUGUUGCAUAUCAAACAGCGGUUGGGCUGGCACAAAAUGCUCUCUCCUGCAAGCAAAGAAGGGAUACUCGGAUGUUGGAAGAACUAUACUGGUGCUUUGCUACAACUGCUGUGUUCUUUUUUUUCUUUUCUUUCGAUACAACGAAGAACAUAACAAAUCAGAGACAUCGAGGGAGAUGGGAAUGAGAUUGUCAAGACAUUUGGUUGUUUGUAGAGCAGUUUGGUUUUGGUUUAUAAAAUCCAGAGCCGUCGGCCAAUGGUUUGGUUAAUGAUUUUGAGGUCGCGGAUUUGAAUUUCAACCCAAGCCGGAAUUAUAUAUGCUCAAUUAUCAUGAUUUUGCUA